UCCCUCACAGCAGCCGCGCGCUCGCCUCAUCCUCCUGCUUCUCCUUGUACGAUGCGAAAUAAGGAUUUAUAACUGCUCCAGAAUCAGUUUCCUCUCGGUCUUCGCGUCUCGUUCACGGUCGGGUCAGUGAUGUCGCAGCCUCCACAGAUCUGAACGCUCAGGCUGACAGGAACCAGGGAAAGCUCCACCCUUGACCCCCACCUGCACCACAGCGCCCCCUGCAGCUCCACCCUGACCCCCCACAGCUCCUGCGCUCCAUCGGCAGAAUCAGUGGCUUCUCCCAGCGCAGCUCCGGUCGCCUCGGGGCCUCAGACCUUCAUGCGUCUCCCAGCGACAGACUCCGCCCACCACACCUCCACCCACCACCACACCACUUCCUCCUCCUCCUCCUCCACCUCCACCUCUACCUCCACCACCAUGAGCUGUGAGCAGGAGUUUGGGGACGGAGCCAUGGGAGUGACGCUGACGCUGAGGCUCCUGAUGCACGGAAAGGAAGUAGGAAGCAUUAUCGGCAAGAAAGGAGAAACUGUAAAGAGAAUAAGAGAAGAGAGCAGCGCCAGGAUCAAUAUCUCAGAAGGUUCCUGUCCCGAGAGGAUCAUCACCAUCACGGGACCCACGGACUGCGUGUUCCGGGCUUUUACCAUGAUCGCGUUCAAACUGGAAGAGGACCUGACGGCUCUGGUGGCCAACGGCACAAUGACCAACAAGCCUCCGGUCACUCUGCGGUUAGUCAUCCCGGCCAGUCAGUGCGGAUCGCUCAUCGGCAAAGGAGGAUCCAAAAUCAAAGAAAUUAGAGAGACCACCGGGGCCCAAGUGCAGGUGGCGGGGGACCUCCUCCCCAACUCCACCGAGAGGGAGGUGACCAUAUCGGGCAGCCAGGACGCCAUCAUCCAGUGUGUCAAGCUCAUCUGUACUGUUAUACUAGAGUCUCCGCCAAAGGGAGCCACUAUUCCAUAUCGACCAAGCCCCAUUCCAGGGACCGUUCUUCUGGCCGGAAACCAGGUGUUCGAGGCGUCAGACUUUGGCUCUCACCCGCUGUUCUCAGUGGCACAGGGAGGAGUGGACCUGCAGCAAACGUACGCGUUGCAGAGUCACUACGGCAUUCCACACACAGAGUUGGCAAAGCUGCACCAGUUGUCCAUGCAGCAGCAGGGACUGGGCCACAUCAGUCAAGCAGCGACGCAGGUUUUGUCAGGAGGAGUGGAAGCCAAUUCUCAGACCACAUCUCAGGAGCUCCUCAUUCCAAACGAUUUGAUCGGCUCCAUCAUCGGUCGCCAGGGCACCAAGAUAAACGAGAUCCGGCAGGUUUCGGGCGCGCAGAUCAAGAUCGGGAGUCAGAUGGACAGCACCAGCGACCGGCACGUCACCAUCACCGGGACGCCCAUCGCCAUCAACCUGGCACAGUACCUCAUCACCUCCUGUUUAGAGACGGCCAAAUCCACGGCCCAGUCCUCCUCCAUGCCGUCUCCCGUUGACCUGACCAUGAGCUUCACCCAGCCCGCCCCCACCGCCUCGUCCUCUCCCUCCCCCCUGGCAGCGAUGGGAGCGACACUGCCCCACGCUCCGAUCCUGGGCGGCCCGUACGCCCUACCCUUGUCAAGCCUCCUCGGGGUCAAAUCCAUCCCUUACCUGGCACUGUCCACCCCUCCCGCCUCCGCAGCAGCAGCAGCCAUCGGGGGUCCGGUGAUGGCGGGCUCGGUACCGGCGGCGGCUACGGCGGCGGCGGCGGUUCCGGUCCAAGCUCACGCGGCGGCAGCUCUGGCGUCCUACACGGCCAAGAUCUCCACCUCGGCUAACGGCAUGAAGAAACCGGAGAGGCAGAAGUUUGCGCCCUACUAAAGACGCGCCGUGAAGUUUUACGUUAUGGCGCAGUCUGUGGACGGGGCAGAGCUCAAACUUUGACCUUUUUCCACACGUUUUGCAUGUAACGUUCAAGUGAAAUCAGAUUUAUGGAAACUGGAAAUGAUCGUCUCUAUUUAUCCCAACAUAACUGGAUCAAUAUCUCAACUUAAAAUCGACCCGAGACACUGUCAACAUCAACGUUUUCCAGCCUUUUUCGCGCGUAUACUGUAUGUGACGUAGCUUCGAACUGUAGACAAAGAAAAGUAUAAUCAAUCAAAACAAGACAUUGCUUUUUAAACCGUGAUGACCCAUGUAGUUAUACUCUCUGUAGGUUCACGUUUCUGUUUGUCUUCCAUGAUCCUUUAACGCUGAAACCAGACCAAACUUUGUUGCACACUGCCAGACCCAGCACUGAGCUACUGUCGCUAUUUAAGUGCAAAAUGACAAUCUUCUAUUUGUACAUUUAACGCCAAUUCCUACUGGUUCUUUUAGCAUCGCUCAUUGUCACCUAAAUGAACUCAGGGUGGACAAAUACGUGUAAUUAAACUUCAAUGGCCAUAGGAUAAAGUCUCAUGUAGUUUAUAUUUAAGGAUUAACAAGCAUGCGUCUUUAUUUUUCAAUUACUAUUUUUAUGUGGCGAUUACUGUAAAUCUGAAAUGCCAAACUCAGGACACUAAAUCGAUUUUGUUUGAUUAUUUCCCAGGAUAAACUCUCACAUACAGUAUAUACAUAUAA